AUGGUGCUUCUCUUCAUCGCUACCUGCAUUCUUCUUUUCAAUGCCACCACCGCCACAGAUCCAACUGAUGUUGCUUCUGUAAAGGCUAUCUUCCAAAGCAUCAAUUCGCCGCCCCAACUAGGCUGGCCUCCCAACGGCGAUGAUCCCUGUGGACAGUCCUGGAAAGGCAUUACUUGUUCAGCCAAUCGUGUUACUGACAUCAACUUAUCCAAUCUUGCUCUAAACGGGUCACUCGCUUACGGAUUAGACCGUUUGACAUCUCUCACUAAUCUAGAUUUGAGUAACAACAAUCUUGUUGGACCCAUACCAUACCAACUUCCUCCCAAUCUCCAACGUUUAAAUUUUGCUCAUAAUAACUUGACCGGGACACUUCCUUACUCUAUUUCUAACCUCACUUCCCUGACUGAUCUGAAUCUCAAUCACAAUCAGCUCCAGCAACCACUCAAUCUCAACUUUCAAAAUCUUUCUGCCCUAUCCAAAUUAGACCUCUCUUUCAAUUCUUUGACAGGCGACCUUCCUCAGACUAUGAGCUCACUUUCAGGCAUUACCACCAUGUAUCUACAAAACAACCAGUUUACAGGCACUAUUGACAUUCUUGCUAAUUUGACUCUGAGUAGUCUGAAUGUAGAAAACAAUAAUUUCACAGGUUGGAUACCGGAGCGGUUGAAAAACAUAGACCUUCAGACGGGUGGUAAUGCGUGGAGCUCAGGACCUGCACCACCCCCUCCUCCUGGGACGCCUCCAAUACCUAAAAGCAAACAACACCAUAAAUCAGGUGGGGGAACUACCACUGGCCAAGAUGCUGGCAGUGGCACAAAAGACGAGGGCAAAAAAUCGGGAAUAGGAGGUGGUGUUAUAGCUGGAAUUGUGAUCUCCAUCAUUGUUGUUGUGGCAAUAGUAGCAUUCUUUCUAGUGAAGAGAAAAUCGAAAAAGUCAUCUUCUGAUUUUGAAAAGUCGGGCAACCAGUCUACUGCCCCCCUUCCUUCAAAUGAAGCGCACGAAGUUACAUCUGUGCAGACUUCUUCUGUACUUGACUUGAAGAAGUUUGACACUUCUGCCUCAAUAAAUCUAAAACCUCCACCUGUUGAUCGCCAUAAAUCAUUUGAUAACAACGAAUUCUCAAUUAGCUCCCCUAUUGUCAAGAAGACUGUGACACCUCCUGCAGAUGUGCAAUCAUAUUCUAUAGCUGAUCUUCAGAUUGCUACUGGCAGCUUCAGUAUGGAUCAUCUCGUUGGUGAGGGGUCUUUCGGGCGUGUGUACCGUGCUCAAUUUGAGGAUGGAAAGGUUCUUGCAGUGAAGAAAAUAGAUUCAUCUGUCAUUCCCAAUGAUUUUACAGAAGAUUUUAUAGAAAUAGUGUCAAACAUCUCCCAUUUACACCAUCCAAAUGUAACAGAGCUUGUAGGUUAUUGCUCGGAGCAUGGACAACACCUCUUAGUUUACGAGUUUCAUAAAAAUGGAUCACUGCAUGACUUCCUUCACGUGUCUGAUGAAUUCAGUAAACCAUUGAUAUGGAAUUCCCGUGUCAAGAUAGCUUUGGGGACUGCACGCGCUUUAGAGUAUCUGCAUGAAGUUUGUUCUCCAUCAGUUGUGCAUAAGAAUAUUAAGUCAGCCAAUAUAUUACUUGAUGCAGAGCUUAAUCCUCAUCUUUCAGACUGUGGAUUGGCAAGCUAUAUUCCAAAUGCAGAGCAGAUACUAAACCAUAAUGUUGGAUCUGGAUAUGAUGCCCCUGAAGUGGCAUUGUCUGGUCAGUAUACCUUUAAAAGUGAUAUCUACAGCUUUGGGGUUGUUAUGCUGGAGCUUCUCAGUGGCCGUAAACCAUUUGAUAGCUCAAGGGAAAGACCAGACCAGUCUUUGGUUCGAUGGGCGUCGCCCCAGCUUCAUGACAUUGAUGCAUUGGCUAAAAUGGUUGAUCCUGCCCUGAAAGGGCUAUAUCCUGUUAAAUCUCUGUCACGUUUUGCUGAUGUUAUUGCUCUUUGCGUACAGCCGGAGCCUGAAUUCCGACCACCAAUGUCAGAGGUUGUUCAAGCACUUGUUCGAUUAGUGCAGCGAGCUAACAUGAGCAGGCGGACAACAUUUGGAAGUGAUCAUGGAGGAUCUCUACGAGGAAGUGAUGAGCCAGCCAUAAGAGACAUCCAAAUCGGAACAUAA